AUGGUCGUGCGACAAAAUGGCCGGUGGUCCGGCCAUUUAAAAACAUUCGCCAUGGCGGCUACCAUAGCCCUUGGGUUGUUUUUCGUGCUCAAGGCGUCAUUGCAUCAAGGCGCUCCGUUCGGCUUGGAUACGAAGCCAAAGAUGAUCGUCUUCGUCACGCCGACGUACCGACGGAUGAAUCGACUGGCUGACAUGACGAGGCUGGCGAACACGUUGCGCCAGGUGCCCGCUCUGCACUGGAUUGUCGUGGAGGACGGAGACUGGACGGUCAAGGCAGUAGAUGACAUUCUACGCCGCUCCCAACUACCGUACAGCUAUUUGGCCGGGGUCGCUCCGGGCGUACGACGAUCCGAUGAUGCAAAAGGCUGGUGGCAGCGUAACAUGGCGCUCGAAUAUCUGCGGAACAACACGGAGAAGAUCGUCGGUCCCACCCUCCAAGCCAACGUCUACUUUGGCGACGACGACAACACGUACGACCUCCGCCUCUUCGAGGAGUGCAUCAGAAGGGUGGAGCGUCUCGGUGUGUGGCCCGUCGGCUCCGUCGGUGGCGUCGUAGCCGAAGCACCAAUCGUAGAAAAUAAUGUGGUAGUCGACUGGUUGGUGCGCUACCUGCCGUCAAGCCCGUUUCCCGUGGAUAUAGCCGCGUUUGCCAUCAGCCUCGACAUUGUUAUCAGCAAAAACCCUCGUUUUGAGCCAAAAUGCGUCCACGGGCGUCAGGAAAGUUGCUUCCUGUUGCAGUGCGGCGUAGAGGAGCGCGACAUCGAUGCGUUCGGCGUAGCGGAACCAGGGCACCCCCCGCAAGAGCUCUACGUUUGGCACACUCGCACCGUCCGCACCUCGGACCCCCCGUGGGACCGGCCCGAAUACAAGGACUAUGUGCUGGAUCUUGAA